GGUUGCGGUUUUCAUAACGAAAAAACAAAUUGCUAUACAAUACCGGAAGUAUUUGUUGUUGGAAAGUCUUAUCCUGUUGGUAAACUCGUGGCGAAUAUCUUAUGGAUAUGGCAGCAAAUGGUAGAGGAAUCAUGCGCCCAGGCGGAAAAUCACCCCCUUUCCUGGCAAUUGGACUCGUUGUCACCAUAAUUAUUCUGGGUUUCAACUAUUGGUCGCUAAGCGCAAAAAAUGGAGAACAAGCUAACGAAAUUGCUCUCAUGGAAAGUGAAUUAAGACUUGUCAAUGCUAAGAAAGUGUCUGCAGAGAAACGGAGUGAUGCUAUUUCUGAUAAAGUUAAAGAUCUAGAAGAAGAAAUACAAAAGCAAAAAGAAGCAAUAGCGUCCUUAAAAAAUGACCAGGCAACUUUGGAAUUGGCAAAGAAACGUUUAGAAAAGGAAAAUGAAGAUUUCAAGUCUCAACUGGUAACUGCCGCCACUCAGAAAGAGACAUGUGAAAAAGAAUUACAGAAUAAAAAAAUUGAUCUAGACAAUGAGCAGAAAAAGGGUAAAACUUGCUCAGAAAGUGAAUGUGUGCUGUUUGUGACUGAAACCCGCCAGAAGGUUCUGAAGGAGGUCCACGAAGCCGCCGGGUCUCAACCCUUGGUUAAGAUGCUCGAGAAAAACAUGGACCUUGGCGAUUUGAGGGAAUCUGUUAUAAGCAUGAAGACAGUACUGGAGCAAGGUGGCAAAGAUCAACCUUUGAAAGCUGGGCAGCUUGCUGAGAAUCAGCCCGCUGGAGACAAGGGAGAGCCAGUGAAAACCCAACAUGGGGGUGUUGCCCCUGUCAAUCAUGAACAUGCAAAGCAAGUUGGGCCCCAGAUCCCUAAUGCCAAUGAGCAGCAGGGUCAGCCUAAACCAGUAGGCCCUAGCAAGCUGGAGGCUGAUAGGGCUCAUGAGAGAGCUGUUCCAACCACCACUGCCAGUCACAUAGCUCUGCAUACAGAAGAUACAACUGUCCCAGUAAAACCGAAAAAAGCUACGCCAAAGAUAAAUGACAAAGCUACACCUAAGAUAAAUGACAACAAAGUAGAUCUGGAGGAAAACGAAGAUCCGAAUAUUAAAGAGGGCGACAUAAAUCAUGUUGCUCAUGACGAGGAUGAAUAUGAUGAUGAAGAUGAUGAUGAUGCAGAUAAAGUGGCAUUGCGAUACGAACAGAAAGAAGAGAAUAAUGAUGUCAAGAAAGAUGACGAAGCUGUCGAUUUUAUGGCUCAAAGAAACUAGACAGAAGCAUCAUUCUCUGGGACCGACGAAUUUGGACGUAAUCAAUUGGACGUAAUCAACAUCAGCCUUGAAGGACAAAGUUGUGCAUAAAAAAAUCCAGGAGAGUAAUUAUUGAUCCUUUUUUUCAUUGAGGAACCUAUUGUUAAAUUGUAGCGGAUUCCUUUACCGGAUGGUUUUUUUAAGUUGAGGUGAUUAAUUUAAUACAGUGAUUUAAAGAGAUCUGUUAAAAAGGAAUAAUUAUCAAACUAUUGCUUGGUUAGUUAAACACAAUCAAUAUGAAUAUAAAAAUAAUAUUGUUCAGUACUGUUUUAUCAUCUGUACCGUACAGUGUUGUUUUUAUGCCCCUGGAUCGAAAGAUUGGGGGCAUAUUGUUUUUUGCCUGUCUGUCUGUCAUUCAUUGUGUGUGUCCCAAAACUUUAUCCUUGGUUAAAGUUUUGCAAUAACUAUUGAAUUAUUGAAGAUAGCAACUUGAUAUUUGGCAUGCAUUUGUAUCUCGUGGAGCUGCACAUUUUGAGUGGUGAAAGGUCAAGGUCAUCCUUCAAGGUCAAAGGUCAAAAAUGGCUUCAAAGCGGCUCAAUAGGGGUCAUUGUGUUUCUGACAAACACAUCUCUUGUUUUCAAGUAUUUUUUAAUUAAUUAUUUUAACUAAACAUAGUGUUGUUUUCUUCUCACUAGAGCGAUGAUUUUAUGUAGGUGUUGUAACUGUCUUGGUUCUUGAGUUUUUAUGCUUUGUCAUGAUCACUGUAUUAAUGUGAUUUUACAAUCUUGAAAUCUUAUGUGGGAUUAAAUAUUAUAGGUUUAUUAUUUCUAUGCUAUUAUGCAAUAUGUACACUUAUGUUUAUCUUCUCUGCUUUUAUUUUAUCAUAACACAAAUUGUGUUGUGUGCGCAAAAAAACUUUUUUUGAUUAUAUUUUUAAACAAGCAGUUCCAUAUUCAGACUUAAUAUGAGCUGCAUAAUGCAUGGGUCUUAUGCCACAAGCAGCUGGUGUAGCUCCAGAUCAGAAUGUGCAGUCUGGUAAGGAGCUAUCUUGUCUGCUAUAAAGUUGUGAAACGUUUUGCAGUCCCAUUAGCAGACAGGGUAGCUCAUGAUCAAACUGUGCAAAUGCGCAGGCUGGAUGUGAGCUACUCUGGUGACAGAUGGCAGGAGACUGAUUUCUGCCUGAUGUCACUCAUUUGACUCUAAUAUGGCUAUUUCAGCAACAUAGAUGUGCCUGAAUUUACAUUAUGGGUUAUUGAUAACUUGCCACAGCUUGUGUGCUUUUAAGUUACAGAACAAGUAUUUGGAAUGCAUUUGUGUGACUCUUGGAAACCAGAAGUAAUUCAUGUGUCCCAGAUUACUCUCUACAAACUAUCUUUUACGGAGUUUUUUUUUAUCAAUAAAAGUUUCUUCACUAUAUAAAAAAUUGGUCUAGGUGGAAAGUGUGAACCCUUGUAUGCCCGUGUGGACUGUGCAGCUUAGCCCUUGACUUCACUUCAAACAGAUGUAUUAAGCUUUGUUUUCCGAGAGCAUGGCUUUUUUGUGCUUUUUUAAAAUUUUCCCAGUAAAUUAAAGUGUACCAAUAUUUAGACUUUGUAAUUACAUUUUAUGUAUCUUGUACAUUUUUUAUGAACAAUAUAAGUGUCCCAGAAAUUUAUAGCAAGAAGAUAAUUCAACCCACAGUGUAUUAAGUGUAAUUAUCCAGACUCUAAUAAUGAUUCUGUAAAUGCAGACAUAAAUUUCUCUAAAAUUCCAAUUUCAGUCUUUACUCCUUAGCUUGUGUGGUGUCAUUGUUAUACCAAGUAUAGAUUCCACUUUUUAUGUAAAAUGGUACUUGUAAUGAAGUUGUUUAACUAACAUUCCAGUUGAGGUAUGUUGUAUUUAUAGUGGAUAUGGUGUUGGAGAGAAAAAAAAAACAUAUUUCUUGUGUAUUUUGUGAUAUUAAUUUUUUACUCGUCACAUUGAUGUCCUGUUUGCAGAUUGUGUAUUUUUAUGCCCCCGAUAGGGUGGCAUAUAGAAGUUGAACUGUCCGUCAGUCAGUAUGUCAGUAUGUGUGUAUGUCAGUCUGUCCGUCCGUCCGAACAAAACUUCAACAUUGGCCAUAACUUUUUCACUAUUGAAGAUAGCAACUUGAUAUUUGGCAUGCAUGUGUAUCUCAUAGAGCUGAACAUUUUGAGUGGUGAAAGGUGAAGGUCAAGGUCAUCCUUCAAGGUCAAAUGUCAAAUAUAUGGCGUCUGUCCAUCCGAAAACUUUAACAUUGGCCAUAACUUUUUCAAUAUUGAAGAUAGCAACUUGAUAUUUGGCAUGCAUGUGUAUAUCAUGAAUCUGCACAUUUUGAGUGGUGGAAGUUCAAGGUCAAGGUCAUCCUUCAAGGUCAAAGGUCAAAUAAAAAAAUCAAAGCGGCGUUCUUGUGAAGCUGCACAUUUUGAGUGGUGGAAGUUCAAGGUCAAGGUCAUCCUUCAAGGUCAAAAAAAUAAAUAAAAGAAUUAACAAAGCGGCUUUCUCAUGAAGCUUCACGUUUUGAGUGGUGGAAGGUCAAGGUCAUCCUUCAAGGUCAAGGUCAUCCUUCAAGGUCAAAGGUCAACAAAAUUUCAAAGCGGCGUUAUCAUGAAGGUGCACCUUUUGAGUGUUGGAAGUUCAAGGUCAAGGUCAUCCUUCAAGGUCAAAGGUAAAAAAAAAAUAAUAUAAAAUUUCAAAGCGGUGCAAUAGGGGGGGUAUUGUGUUUCUGACGAACACAUCUUGUUAAUCAUGAAUUUUAAUGUAGUCAGCUUCCUAAAUAUGCAUAUUGCGAUGCAACAACAUCAAUAAAAAUAUAUAAAUUUGCAAAUAAAAUAAAUGGCCGAGUGUACUAUUGCAAACUUGUAUCUGCACAAUUUUAUUGUUACACAAGCAUCUCGCAAUUCAUAGCUGAAUAGACUUUAUAAACAUCCCAAUUAGAAUCUCAUGCAAGGGCGCAUAUUUUGGUCAAUGUUGUAUUGUAUAAUUAAGAAUACGGUGAUGGAUGCUAUUUUCAUAAAAAAGAUCAUGAUUGUGAUAUUUCUGUUAAUGAUAUUUUCACUGAACAAAGAUCAUGUGAUAUUUUUGUAAAUGUACUAUAUCUAUAUAAUCAACAUGACACUGUGCUAAUCUGUAAUUGUUUACUCUCUAUAAAAUGAGCUCAGAAAUUCACUACUCCAUUCUUAUCUGAGAUUUUGAAAUCCAAUUAUUUAACAACAUGUUAUUUUUGUUUGCAUUUGUCAUGUAAUAGGCUGAAAUGCAUGUUCUGUUUUCAAAUAGCAUACUCUAAAUAACUCAAACCUCUUUGCCUUGUGAUUUAUGACAUUAUAAUGCACUAUUGGUGCAACAAGGUGCCUUGUAAUUUCAAUGUCACAUGGUACCUUUUCGCACUGAUAUAUAAUGAGUUUUCUUUUUUCCUGAUCAAACAACAGUCACAGAGAGUGUAGAAUAUUGUUCAAGUACUUUUGUUUAAAAACUUUCACUUGUAAUUUCUCAUUUUUUAAAUGGUUUUAGACUUGUUUGCUACCAUUUAAAAGUGUUUGUGUAUGCAUGUCAACUGAUUUGUUAGAAAAACUGUAUCAUGAAAGUGUUUUCCUGCAGAGCUUAUUUGAUCCAUCUCUUCUAAACUUAUUUAGUGCAUUCUAAAUAUCCAUCUUUGUAAUGUUCAAUCUUGUUACAAAACUAAACAUAACAAAAUGUACAGUCUUUUAUUAGAAACAUCAGAACAAAUAACAUAAAGUCAUGUGAUAUCUUACUUCAACAUGUUAAAUGAAAAAAGUUACUUUAAAAAAAGUCAAAUGAAUGUCAUCGGAAUCUGCAAGCAAAGGUAAACUAAUGAUUAUACACUGAUCUUAAUACUAGUAUAUGGGUCAUGCUCUGUGAAAAGGGGGUUUAAUGCAUGUGCGUAAAGUGUCGUCCCAGAUUAUCCUGUGCAGACAGGGGCCACACUUUACACUCAUGCAUUAAACCCCCUUUUCACAGAGCAUGGCUCAUAUAUAUCAUGUUCUUACUCUUACACAAAAUAAGUAAAUGUUUUGAUGAUAUCACUUUGCCCUAUUUUUGUCAUUUACAUGAAAAAAUACAUCAUUAUUGUCAUCAUAGUAUUUUGAUAUUUUGUUUCCGUUGUGUCUUUCUGUGACAAAAUUCUAGAAUAAUUAAGUGACUAUGCAUCUGUGAACAAACCUCAGAAUUGUUUGUGCUACUUUACUUACCGGUACAUUCAUUAUUUGUUAUUUCUGAAUGUUUUACUUUCUGUUGUGUAGGUUGUGAGCUGUUGUUUUGUAAUAUAACUGAUUUUUUUACCAAAUUAUUUUUGCCUUUGUCAUUUUUUAUCAUCUAGUUGGGUAGGAAUGUACUGGUAAUUUUUCUAUGAAGGUUUCCGUCUGUAUUGCUGGUAAAGAAUAAUACUGUUUGACAGCUAGCCAAAAUGAUGAAUGCAGAACUAAUUUUUCCCCACAUUGUCAUGGCAGAACUUCAAUAUAGUGAAUAAAUGUUCAAGUUUCGUAUUCUGUGAGUAGGUUUGACUCAAAUGUGAUUGAAAGUAACUUAUACAUACCAUUAUAUUAACAGUGUUUGUUAAUGGCUAUAGUUAAUAUUUGUUGUUUUUAUCCAGUUUUUUUGUAGUUCUUUUGUUUCCUGAGCACUUUUAUCUGUUAAACGUCUCAUAAAUGUUACAUUUGUUUUAUUGAAACAAAUAAUAUUAAGAUUGAUUUGAAAUGUGAUCACAUCAUUUGCAUGUUGAAACAUUAUUUCAUAAGAUAGAUUUGUACAUGUAUCUGAACGAAAAUCUCUAUUCUUGAGACUUUUUAUCCCCCGCCAUAGGCGGAGAGAUAUUGUUUUGGCGUUGUCCGUCCAUCCGUCCGUCUUUCCGUCUAGAGCCAUAUCUUGGAAGUGCUUUGGCGGAUUUCAUUGAAACUUGGUAUGAGUAUAUAUAUGGAUGAGAGGAUGAUGCACGCCAAAUUUCAUUGUACACCAUCUGUUAAUAAUGGAGUUAUGGCCCUUUGUUUCUUGAAAAAAAACAACACUUUCUCGAGUGUCAUAACACUUGUGUCUAGAAGCAUAUUGGCGGGGGAUAUCAAUUCAAAGAAUUUGCUUGUUUAAUCUACAGGUAACUAGUUAAGUAUGUAUUGAGUUUUCUUUAUGAAUUUAAUUCGAGUGCUUUGACAUUUUUUAACAUGCUUACUAGUAUAGCAUGGUUAUUGUAUUGAAGACUUCGUACUCAUUUUAUUUAAGAUUUUCUAUAAAUUUCAAUUUAGUUUUGCACCCAUUUAAAAUAGUUGUUGUUCACAAUUAUAUUAUUUUUAAUAUAUUGUAACAUGUAGUGCCUGUAUGAAUGUUUAAAAAUUGUGUGUAAUAUAACUUGUUAUUUUAUUAUAAAAAUUUAUUAAUAUUGGCUUAACAAAUGAAAUGAAUAGGAACUAUGAUGUAAGAAAUAUAUAUGAGCUGUGUGAUGUUUAAUUGGGUCUCAUGCUAUAUGCGGCCAGUGCAGAGCCAAACCAGCAUACACAUUUGUGCAGUCUGGUCUGGAACUACCCUGUCAGCCUUUAAGUUACCCAAGGUUUCAUGGUCGCAGUAGAGGACAUUAUGACUUCUCAACAGAGUAUACUGAUGCAGAGGCAUAUCUAGAGAUACACUGUAAACAUGUCACAAGUUCCUUCACUUUCACUUGAAACAGCUCAUAAUUUUCUAUGUUUUGAAAUUUUGCUGCCUUUGGAGUAAUAAAUGGUUUAUUUGAACUACAUUUUUAUUGGAGAUUUAUGAAUUAUAUAAAAAUUGUGUGUAAAAAUUUAUUUAUCAUUAUUUAUGAUGUGUAAGCAUAGCUUUUUAGUUAAGAAGAGUCAUGGCAGAAUACAUUCUCAAUUGAAAUUAUAGUUUAAGAAUGUUUACCUGGAUCUUAAACGUGGGAAAUAAAAUAUGAAAUGUA